AUGGGUUCUAGAAAAGCUUCUUUGCUUCUAUGCAUUCUAUUUUUUCUCCAUCUCCAGCACUACUUUUUCCAAGCCAUCUCACGACCUACUCCAAGUUUAGCCUCCCCUGAUCCAAGCCAUGGCAAUCUCCCGGUCCAGUCAGUUGAGUUGAAACAUGACGGUGAUGCUUUUUCGGACAAGACAGAGGAAUUAGCUGUCGUUGUUAAGAUGGGUGUCGGUGGUGGAGGUGGACACAGUUUCGGCGGAGGUGGACGCAGUUUCGGUGGGGGAGGACGUAGUUACGGUGGCGGUGGAAGUGGAGAGAGAUCUAUGGGAGGAGGAGGAGGAGGAGUAAGAGGAGUAGGUGGUGGAGGAGGAGGUGGUCAUCGUUCAAGCGGCGACCGGAAAAGUGCUAGCGUUUGGCUAAGUUUAUCCACUUUACUUGGCUUGGUUUUGUAUUUUUAG